AUGCUGAUAUUGAUCAAUAUUCAUGGUUCUCAUAUUUACAUAUUUUGCUUCUCCUGGACACACUUUUUUCUUGGGACUAAGACUUAUUAAAAUCUUAUUAAACAUAUCAAAUGGUGGACUCGAACUUUUCUAUUAGAAUUCCAGAACUUGAUUGAACUAUGGCAUAUUUGCUGAAAAAAAUACUGCCAUUCUGUAGAAGCGGAAUUUUGGGGAAAACAUUCACUGAACGCCAUCAGCACAAGGUGCAUCAAUAUGCUACAAGGCUAUGCAAUUCCUUGCAGUACCAUACUGUAACAAGAUGUGAUACUAAAGUUGAUUCUACUGAAAGUCAGUCAGGAAUGCUUCAAAGAUUGAAGACAUCGGUUGUAAAAACACAGGCGGCAAGUUUGUACCAUCAAUCCAGAGACAAGCUGGAGGACGGGCUGUUCGAUUAUUUGUGCGAAGACAGUCAAUUGCUGUCCAUCUCCAAAUUUAAGAAGGCCAUUACAUCUACAGGUCUGAGAGAGACUGACCCACGCCUUGCUGACUGUAUGCUGAACUUCACAAAGAUAACAAAUGCUGAAAAUGGAGUUGCCUACAGCGACCAUGGUCCAGCCGUGGACAGGGAAACAUUCAAAAAAUGUAUUGCACCAAACAUGGUGCUGAUCGCGAAUGCGUUCCGUAACCAGUUUGUGGUUCCCGAGUUUGAUCACUUCUGCGAGAAUAUCGAUCAGAUGUACUUGCAUUGUCGCGACCAGACAGGUGGAAAGGUUGCAACGUACAUUCCACAGCUAGCGAGGUACAGUCCAAACAAGUGGGGAGUGUCCUUGUGUACCGUCGAUGGUCAGAGGUACUCCAAUGGCGAUGUUCAAGUGCCUUUCAGUCUGCAGUCAGUGUCCAAACCCCUUACGUACGCAAUGGCUCUUGAUGAACUCUCGCCAAGCGUUGUGCACAAGUACGUCGGCCAGGAGCCUAGUGGUGUGUCGUUUAACAGUAUUUCACUCGACUACAAUGACAAGCCCCACAAUCCGAUGAUAAACGCGGGUGCCAUCUGCGUUAGCUCACUUCUAAAACAGGAUCUCGAUCCGGCUGAUAGGUUUGCUUAUGCGACUUCGGUAUUAAACAGACUUACCGGUGGGGAACAUCUCGCUUUCAACAAUUCAGUGUUUUUAUCUGAGCGUGCGACUGCAGACAGAAACUUUGCCUUGGCGUACUACAUGAGUGAGAAAAGGUGUUUUCCGAAAGGAUCUAAUUUAAUGGAGAUUCUAGAUUUCUAUUUCCAAAUGUGUUCUCUAGAGGUGACGUGUGAGUCAGGGGCUGUGAUAGCGGCCACUCUUGCCAACGGGGGUAUAUGUCCCAUAACUGGUGACAAAGUAUUGUCUGCUUCGUCCGUUCGUGACACUCUCUCCCUCAUGUUUUCGUGUGGCAUGUACGACUAUUCCGGGCAUUUCACUUUCAAGGUUGGGCUCCCAGCAAAGUCGGGUGUGUCGGGUGUCAUAUUGAUAGUUGUGCCCAAUAAGAUGGGCUUCUGUACAUGGAGCCCGGCCCUGGACAAGUGGGGUAACAGCAUGAGAGGCGUCUAUUUUGCAGAGGACCUGGUGGCUAAGUUUAACUUCCAUCACUAUGACAACCUGAAGUUCACAGCAAAGAAGAUAGAUCCGUGUAUUCAGAAAAUUGAAUCUCGUGCGUCUGAAGUUGUUGAGCUGCUGUUAAGUGCUUACACCUGCGAUGUGUCAGCGUUGAGAAGGUUCGCUCUCAGUGACCUAGAUAUGGAUCAGGCGGACUACGACGGGCGCACCGCGCUUCACAUUGGGUCUGCUGAGGGCCAUGAGCCUGUUGUAAACUUCCUCAUCAAUAAGUGCAAGUGUAACCCCAAUGUUAAGGACAGGUGGGGAUGCACUCCCCUAGAUGAUGCUGUGAGGUUUGGCCACACAAAGGUGACUGAUAUACUGAAGGCAGCCAUGACUCAAUACAACGCCAACGAAAAAAUCGACAGAAGUUUCGCGGCCAUCGAUAGCGUGGCUUACCACAAUAUCGCCCUUAAGACUGUGAGUGUCGUUGAAGAUACGUCCGCGAAAUUAGAGACAACGUCCGAUCAAGUGAUACAUAACGUCGAUAAUGCUCAAAAUGAAAUGAAUGGCGAUGUUUUCACGGAGUUCGACGAAUAUGAUAUGUAACGUUUUAGGUAACACAAAGAACAUUCAACAUGAUAAACAAUGUCUAAAAUUGUACUUGGAACAUAUGAAAUACAUUCUUAGUGAUUCAAAUUGUUGGCGUGAGCAUUAUUUAGGUCAAACUUAAAAUUGAGUAUGUUUUAAUGGCUCAAACCAGACCGUUUAGUUCACCAGAAAAAAUGGUCUUGGAGUUAUUACCGGUGAUAUCGAUAAAAAAUGAAUGUUUUUUUACCGAAUUGAUAGCCAAAUUAGUAUUCAUAGCCAUAAAUUCCCUAGUUAAAACGGCAAAAUAUCGCUUACAUGUUAUAUCUGUCAUAUGCUUUUGUUUUGAUCAUUAAUGUCAAAUGAGUUAAACAUGAUAAUGCAUAAUUAAAUUAGAAAUAAUAUUUUUUGCAUAAAUCUUAUCUUUUGUGCCUUUAAAUUACGCAACGCCAUAAAUUAGUCAUAGGAAAACAGUUAGUAACGUUCAUAUGUCGGUAGGUUUAGAACUCGCUAUUUCAAUGAUCCGUGAAACAAUUGAAUAUUCGCAAACAUUAAACCCUCGAGAAACGAUCUUUGACACAGCUAGUACUUUGAUGAACUGUCAAUACAAGGGUUAAUUGUAAUUUCAUGUAUAUGUUUUCUAUAAUAUACGUAAUAUUUACUUCCUUAAGAGUUUUAGACUUUUAAUAUGACUUACUUAAUGGUUGGUUGUGCUAUUUUUUCCCUAAUAUUUUGUUUUAUUAUGCAUGUUUUUCAUGAUAAAUAUUUCUAUGUUCAAAUGAGUCUCAUUUACAUUUUAACUAUAAACCAUAAAAAAGAUAGUAUCAUGUAAUGACUUUUUUCAGAUAUUCGCAUGAAACUUUGUACACAUGUUGCCAUUGAUAAUUGUCCUGUGACUGUUAAAAAAACAGGUGAUUGUUGGUACCCUUCUGUAAUUAUUUUAUCUGUUUUACAUUAGUUUGUCUUAACCAUGUCUUAUUAUCAUUGUAUCAAAGAAUGUAUUCUGUUUGUUUACAUUAAUAAAACGAAAAACCAU